AUGCCAGUUUUUGUUGACUCUUGCAUCAAUCGGGUCACCGGAGCUUCACCUCCAUUCUUUCGUGCGACGAAGCUCGACCAGCGGCGGUUCAGGUUGCCACUCCCGGAACUCACCUCUACCGCGAAAAUGCUAGAUUUCUCACAAUUUGCCGCCGCGUUCCCGACCGACGGGCCGAAGCCGUACGACCAAAAUGGCGUGCGGGAGAUCGAGACCUUCCGCAAGUCAUUCGAGGGCGUCUUGUUUAUCGACCGUGUUAUGAAAGCGCUAGGGGUUAGCGAGGGCAAAGCAUACCCUCCCCGAGGCGACAGCGGGCUGCGCGCGUUGCACAAGCAGAUCUGUGACACCAAGGUCUCGCCGCACGCCAAGCUCUCCGUCUUCUACUACCUCCUGCUCGACUACGACGAGCUGCGGGGCGCGCGGUCCGACCUGGCCGAGGCGCUGGCCGAGGAGUCCGGGCUGCCGCCGAACUACCAGCUGCUGAUGCGCGGCCUGUGGCACAUGGACCGCAAGGAGUUCAAGUUCGCGCUCGAGCACCUCGCCCACCCCUCCCUGCCCUCCGAGUUCGCCGACGACAUCAUCACCGUGCUCGUGCGCCACGCCAAGGCCGACGACUACAGCCUGCCGCUGGCCUACUACCACACCACACAACCAGUCCUCCAGACAUCCGAGGCGCUCGAACUGCUGUUCGGCGCGCUGGCGCGCACGAGCGUGGCGGAGGCGCUGUACUUCUCGCGGGCGCGCCCCGAGCCCGCGCGGCAGCAGCUGUUCGAGCGGCUGGUGGCGUCGGUGCUGGAGCACCCCGAGGCGGCGGGGGCGCGCGGCAAGGAGCUGGUCAGCCUGCCGCUGACGGGGGCCGAGGAGAAGUGGUUCCAGGAGUACGUGGCCGGCGGCGGCGAGGGCCGCAAGUCCAAGAACGCAAAGGCCGUCGCGCAGAUGCGGCAGGUCGUCACGGGCCGCCACCGCGGGCCGAUGCCCGUGGGCGGGUUGGGCGGUCAGGGGACUGGUGUUCGGGCGGGCCGGUGAAGCCUGGGCGUGUGAAGCGAAGUCACGGGGUUGUGAAUUGUUGUUUGGGGAAAUGGAUGGCGGAUUGGGCAUAGCGAUGGCGUUUAGGAUUUAAAUGGAAUACCAUGGUGUUAAAAACGUCAAGGCUCCGCGUUUCGCCUUCUGGGCUUCGCCGCCAUAUCUUAUGGUACUACUAAGACUCACACUCUGUCCUGAAUAAGUAUUACGGCCAACGCUACAUUGGAGUUUUGAAACGUAUACUUAACAUUUACUAGUGAGAUUCAGGCCCGGUGGUGGAAGGUGGACAUGGUAUCGUAAACUCUGCGCCAUCGGUAUACGUAGGUACAUUCUCUUUCGAAAAUUAGAGUCAGUAUAUAGGUAAUUAUGUC